AUGACCACGAUACUCCCUGCGCACCUACCCGAUAUCAAGGCACCCAUGCCCGUUUCUCCCGCCAGUUCGACGACCAUGGCGCCCGGUCACGAACGGCGAGCCAGCCCUGGUCGUCCCGUCAAGGAAGAGGAGCAGGAGCGUGGCAGGCGACGUCAGCGCUCUGAAGAGCAAGAUGCGCAGGAACAAGAGGACGGCGAAGACGGCAAAGCGGGGUCGUCCAACUCGGACGGCGGACCUGCCCGCAAGAGGAGGAGGAGCCGCAAGGGUCUGGACAAGAAGUUUGAAUGCCCCCAGGAGGGCUGCGGCAAGAGCUACUCUAGAGCGGAGCAUCUGGACCGUCAUACCGCCAAGGGGUCCGCACUCAACCGCAAGGACUCCAUGAUGAGCCAUGUGUCCCCCAUUACGGAUCGUGCUCCUUUUACCGCACCAGGCUCCGCGUCACCCGAAGUGAACCGCCCCGGCUCCGCGUACACCAAUGUCCGGCCCGCGCACAUGCAUUAUCCCAAAGAAGCUUCGGGUAGUCCUUUUAUGCAGGCCGCACACACGCCGCCGCCGUAUGGCAUGGGAGGUCCACCAAACGGCAUGGACGGCUACAUGCACCACGACGGCGCGUACGCUGGUCCGCAAAGCCACCGCAACUCGAUCUCAUCCGCCCACGGACAUCCUCGGCCCAAUGUUCAAACGAGCGGGCCCUACAUGUCUCCCGUCUCGAAUCAACAGGGCUACCACAAUCAGCAUCAGGGCACCCCGCAGUCCGCCACGUACGUCAACCAGCAAAAUUUCCAGCCCUUCAACCUGCCUCCGUCGGAUUUCUCAACCGGCCACAACAACCUCACGCGAGAGAACAGUCAGCAGUACGCCCCGGCCACCUCGGGUGAGUACGUGGAUCACACGUCGCAACAGUCUGGCGAGAUGAUGUUGCUCGAUCAAAUGUCCAUGCCAGGUACUAUGCCUGUCUUUGGCACCGACAGCGUCCUGAGCAAGUCUCCGUUUGUGACGAUACCCGAAGAUUUUGUCGCCUACCUCUUCAACACGCAGCAAGGUGAUGCGUCACCGAUUCCUGGCCAGAUGGUGGCGCCAGGAUACGCUAGCAACUAUGGAGACUACCAGAGUCAGUAUAGUGUGCCGUACGUGGGCACCGACAGUAAUUCUCUUGGCUAUUUCCCCAACGGCUCCAACCAGGUUAUGGCCGUCACAAGUCUCCUCGACACGAAUCUGCCCGAGGCCACGAUUUCGGAAGAGAAGAGCCAAGAGAUCUUCGACAUUAUACUCACCAGAUUUCACGAGAACGACCAAGCACCGGCGUUGCGGCAGCGUGAGAGCAUCUUCGAGGGCGAUCGCACCGACAACAACCACAUGCUGAGCAAGAGGAUGAUGCAGGCAUACAUUGGCUCCUACUGGGUGCAUUUUAACGAGCAGGUCCCCAUCCUGCACAAGCCCACGUUCUCGCCCGACCGGACGCCAAACCCACUGCUGCUGGCCAUGAUCACGAUCGGCGCUGCCUGCCUCGACAAGACGCACGGGCAGCAGGUCACCAAAGCAGGGGCUCAGCUGUCCAACUUUCUGGCGUGGCACCUGCGUUGGGAGAUUUUCAUGGACGUCAACUUUAGGCCACCGGCCAAGCUGUGGGUGUUCCAAACGCUGCUCCUGCUCGAGCUGUACGAAAAGAUGUACUCGACGAGAGAGCUGCACGAGCGGGCGCAUAUCCAUCACGCCACGACCAUCACCCUCAUGCGGCGCGGCAGGUCGCUCAUUGGCAAGUCCACGCUGGACUCGCCGCCGAACCCGCGCGACGACAAGACAAACGGCUCGCGACAGUCGUCGACGUCGGGCAUGGCUCACACGGCGGAUGACUGGUGGAAUCAUUGGAUCACCAACGAGGCGACGCGUCGUUGUGCGUUCACGGCGUUUGUCAUUGACUCGACGCACGCCACCAUGUUUGGACACUCGACGGUCAUGGUGACGCACGAGAUGCGACUUCCGCUGCCGUGCGACGAGUCGCUGUGGAACGCCACGAGCGGCCCGGAGGUCGGGCGCAUCGAGUCGAACCUCUUGUCGAACGGCAUCAAGCCCGUGUCGUUCCUCGAAGGUCUCAAGCGGACGCUGAGCCACCAGGAGGUCCAGACGAACGCGUUUGGACGGACGAUCCUGAUGGCGGGUCUGCUCAGUGUCAGCUGGCACAUGAACCAGAGGGACCUCCAGGUCAACGUGCUCGGCGGAGGCGUGUCGCAGGCGCUGGGCGGGCGUGACAAGUGGCGCGGGACGCUGACGCGGGCGUUUGACGCGUGGAAGAAGGACUUUGACAAGUCGCUGCAGCGGACGGGGGGCACGGCAGACCCGUACCAGUUCGACUCGGCCCGGAAGAACGAGUCGCACGUUGUGUUUGAGAGCCGGAUCGUGCUGCACCACCUCGCGCACAUGGCCAUGCACGUCGACAUUGUCGACUGCCAGAUCUUUGCGCGGGCCAAACGACUGCUGGGCCGGGCCAUCGGGCCGCAGGACGUCAACAGCGCGAGCCGACGGAUGAAGGACCAGUGGGCGCCGACGGCCAAGGCACGGGACGCGACGUGGUACGCGCUGCGUUUCCUGUGCUCGGUGCUCGUGCCGGAGGAGGCGGGCUCGGGGUCGGGGUCGGGGUCGGGAUCGGGGUCGCCGCAGUCGGGCGGGUUCGGCGCGGAACUGCCGUACACGGCGCGCGACGACGUGCUGCUCAACCGGCCGUGGGUUCUGUACUUUGCGGCGCUCGUCGUGUGGUGCUACGGGUUCGCGCUCGAGGGGCCGUGCGUCAAGGUGGCGGUGCCGACGACGCAGCGCGAGAGGCUGCGGCACAUGCGCGAGUACCUCGUCAAGUUUGGCAGCGUCGAGUCGCCCGAGGAGCUCAAGCUGAUGCAGGGCAUGAACGCCAACACGGCGCUGCUCAUGGUGCUCAAGGACUCGUUUGAGACGACGAGGUGGGAGCUGCUGCACGAGGGCGCGACGCUGCUCAACAAUUGUAUCCAGCUGAAUGCGGGAGGGAGUGUGUGA